AGGAAGUGGGGGGCUGCCAGUUGGUUGCUUCUGAGGGUUAGGUGUUAGCUUUCUGCCUGGCUUUUUUAUUUGGAUGGAACAUCCUGGGAGAGAUGGUUUUAGGGUGCAAUUUUACAGUUGUUAAAGCUAGUGCUGCCUUCCUGCUUUUUCAUUCCUAUAUCUGUCCUUGUACUGGCUUUGAUGCCUGUCUGAUACCUGGAGUUAUUGGUUCAGAAGAGGAGAUUGAGAACCAGGAAUGAAAUUUUGUGGUGAAGAAGAUGGACCCUACUAGAAUUUCAAAAGAACAUGCACACUGUGUCAGAACACUUUUUGAACAUCAAGAAAAUACAGAUUUGCAUGAUACAUCCUUUGAAAAUCAAGAAGCAAAGUUAAUGCCAGAAUCAUGUAGAAGCAUGAAACAGGCUCUCCAAAGAGCUGUGCAGAAGGAAAUCCAGUAUGUCAUGGGAAGAGCACGACCAAGACCAGAAAAAGCUGCAAUGGAGGCAUUAGGAAUGGAUCUGUACAAGAGAAACAAACCUGAGAAGCUGCCGUUUGCCCAUCUCAUUAUUGAUGAUAAGAAUAUUCCGUCUGGAACUCGCAAAGUGAACCUCACAUCCUGGCAUCAUGACAAAGGCCAGGCAAACUUAUCAAAUAUGACAUUCAAUGAUGGAAAACUAAUUGUCAAUCAAGAUGGUUUUUACUACCUUUAUGCCAACAUUUGUUUUAGACAUCAUGAAACUUCAGGAAACCUGACUAAAAGAGGGCUUCAGCUGAUGGUAUAUAUGACUAAGACAAACCUUAAAAUAAAGCGCUCCGAUGUGUUGAUGAAGGGAGGAAGCACCAAAUACUGGUCAGGGAAUUCAGAAUUUCAUUUUUAUUCUGUAAAUGUAGGCGGGUUUUUUAAAUUGAAAUAUGGUGAAAUGAUAAGUAUCCAGGUAUCAAACCCAUUGUUACUGGAUUCAUCACAAGAAGCAACUUAUUUUGGGGCAUUUAAAGUUAGGGAUUUAGACUGA